AUGGCUUCCCUACCAAUCUCCGAAAAGGGCUACCACUCCAAGGCCCCCUCCCAAUUCACGGCGAGGAAAGUUGGCGCUCCCAACACGCUUGAGCACCGCAUCUACAUCGAAAAGGAUGGCCAACCGCUCUCGCCGUUCCACGAUAUCCCGCUGUAUGCCAAUGAGCAGCAGACGGUCCUCAACAUGAUCGUCGAGGUUCCGAGAUGGACCAAUGCUAAGAUGGAGAUCUCCAAGGAGGAGACCCUAAAUCCCAUCAAGCAGGACAUCAAGAAGGGCAAGCUCCGAUUUGUCCGCAACUGCUUUCCGCACAAGGGUUAUCUGUGGAACUACGGUGCCUUCCCUCAGACAUGGGAAGACCCCAACGUUGUCCACCCUGAGACCAAAGCCAAGGGCGACAACGACCCCCUCGAUGUCUGCGAGAUCGGCGAGCUCGUCGCCAAGCCGGGUGAGGUGAAGCAAGUCAAGGUCCUCGGCGUGAUGGCUCUAUUGGACGAGGAGGAGACAGACUGGAAGAUCAUCGUCAUUGACGUGAACGACCCGCUAGCUCCUAAACUCAACGAUGUCGAGGACGUUGAGAGGCACCUCCCGGGCCUGCUCAGGGCCACGAACGAGUGGUUCCGUAUCUACAAGAUUCCCGACGGCAAGCCGGAGAACCAGUUCGCUUUCUCGGGCGAGUGCAAAAAUAAGAAAUACGCUAUGGAUAUCGUACGCGAAUGCGCUGAAGCCUGGGAGAAGCUGAUUACUGGCAAGACACCAAAGGGCGACAUCUCCCUCACCAACACCACCGUUCCUCAUUCCCCUGACCGAGCCGACCCAAGCAAGCUCAACAUCCCCAAGGGCGAGAACCAGUCCCCUGCUCCGAUUGAUCCGAGCAUCGACAAGUGGUUCUUCAUUUCUGGCGCUCCGAGCGGGUAG